UUCUGACACCCUUCUGUUUUGAAAUAAAAGAGGUUAUGAAAAAUAUUUAAAUGUUCUAUUUAAAGAAAUUGUUAAGAUCUAAAUUUGUAGCUAAUAGUUUUUAUCAAUUUAAAAAUGCGGGAAACACGCAAGUCAACAAGGUUGUCAUCAAGAAUAUACUUCAGGAAGAUUCAAGUGGCAAAAUAACACAUUUUAAACUUUUUCUAUUCUUAAUGACAGGUUACCUCUCUUAUAAGGCAAGUAAAACGUUCUCCUGUGUUCCCGUCGUAAAUGCAGCUACUCUCUUUGGUGGUGCUACUCCUUUAGCUGGUAGGCGAAAACAAUACAACUUUAUUGCAGAUGUAGUUGAAACCUCAGCUCCAGCAGUAGUUUACAUAGAAAUCAAAGAUUCAAGAAAAGUUGAUUUUUUCACUGGAAGGCCAAAAACGAUAUCAAAUGGAUCAGGUUUUAUAAUAGAAGAAAAUGGCCUAAUCCUUACAAAUGCCCAUGUAGUUACAAACAAACCCAAUGCUAAAGUAGAGGUAAAACUCAUAGAUGGAUCAAUUUACAAUGGAGUUGUGGAAGACAUUGAUCUGGUAAGUGAUUUAGCAACGGUGAGGAUUCCAGCAAAGAAACUACCUGUCAUGAAACUGGGAAGUUCAUCAGAUUUGAAACCUGGAGAAUUUGUUGUAGCUAUCGGUAGCCCUUUGGCCCUUAGCAAUACUGUAACCAGUGGUGUAGUCAGUUCCACUCAAAGGGGAUCAGCUGAAUUAGGUUUAGUUGGAAAAGAUAUGCAUUACAUCCAAACAGAUGCUGCCAUUACAUUCGGUAAUUCAGGAGGCCCCUUAGUAAAUUUAGAUGGAGAAGCAAUUGGUGUUAACAGUAUGAAAGUAACGGCAGGUAUUUCUUUCGCAAUACCUAUAGAUUAUGUUAAGGAAUUUCUUAAGACUACGAAAGGUCCUAGAAAGUCAAUUGAUAAGCCCAAGAGGAUAUACAUGGGAAUAACGAUGUUAACGCUUACUCCUCAGAUCAUACACGAAUUGCAACAAAGAGACCAUCAAAUUCCAAGGGAUAUUGAAAGGGGAGUGCUGAUAUGGAAAGUUAUUUAUGGGUCACCAGCACACAAUGGAGGUUUGCGACCAGGGGAUAUUGUAACUCAUAUAGACGGCAAAAGAAUACAGCACUCAAAUGAUGUAUAUGGAAUUUUAGCUGAAAGUAAAUCAAGAGAACUGAAUAUAUCUGUGAACAGAAGUGGAAAAAAUAUCAACCUAACGGUUAUUCCAGAAGAUUUUAGCUAGAUAGAAUUUGUUAUUAAACGAUACUUUGUAUUAGUUUUAUUAUAUUUUAUAUUAGUU